UAGAAAAUUUCAAAUGCAUACCAAGCCCCGUGUCCCGAGCUAAAUAACCAAUGGAAUAGAUGGAGUAAUAAUAAAGACUACAAAGUUGACCAGCAAGGUGGGAGGAGAGGUCAUCAGUGAAGUUGUAGCUCACUGCAGUCCUGCAAAUCAAAGCUCAAACAGACAAACACAAUGGAAAAUCCUAAUCCUCUUCUUCACAAAAUCAUCCCUAUGCGUCGCACUUGGUUUAAUCGUGUCUUCGCAGCCAUAUACACUUGUGCCAUUUUUGCUCUCUUCUACCACCACUUCCAAAACCUCUCGAUCAACUCAAAUACUAAAAUUUCUAUCCUGAUGUUGCUAGCUGACCUCGUUCUAGCUCUGAAUUCCAUUACUUACCAAGCCUUUCGCAUGUCUCCAAUCCGUCGGGUGGUUUUUCCUCAGAACAUACCACAGAUUCUAAAAAAUGAGAGUGAAUAUCCUGCUUUAGACAUAUUUAUCUGCACAGCUGACCCCUACAAGGAGCCUCCUAUGGGGGUCGUGAACACGGCCUUAUCAGUCAUGGCCUAUGAUUAUCCUACAGAAAAGUUAUCGGUGUAUGUUUCGGAUGAUGGAGGCUCUCAGUUGACGCUAUUCGCUUUCAUGGAGGCGGCCAAGUUUGCCAGACAUUGGCUACCGUUCUGCAGGAAGCAUGACUUAGUAGAGAGAUGCCCCGAGGCGUAUUUUGCAUCACAGAUUGGCGAGUUCACCGAAGGCAGGGAUGAAAUUGAGAUGGCCUACAGAGAGAUGAAGAUUACGGUGGAGAAGGUGCUGGAGAGAGGAGAUGUGAAUGGUGUCAACCACAUCACUGCGGAUGAAGAAGUCCUCAAGAGUUUCAGCAAAUGCAGUGGUAUUGACGGAUUCACAAGUCGAAACCAUCCCACCAUUAUUCAGAUUCUCUUGGAGAGUAGCAUAAACAGAGACGUUCAAGGUCAUGCACUGCCUAAUCUUAUAUAUAUUUCAAGAGAAAAAAUCGCCACUGCAGCUCACCAGUUCAAGGCCGGAGCUCUUAAUAUGUUACUUCGAGUUUCCGGGAUCAUGACAAAUGCACCUAUAAUCUUAACCCUGGAUUGUGACAGUUAUUCAAAUGAUCCAACGACUCCUUUACGAGCUUUAUGCUAUUAUUUGGACCCUAAGAUAAAAUCAGAUCUAGCGUACGUACAGUUCCCCCAAAUCUUUCAUGGAAUCAACAAGAAUGACAUCUAUGGUUCUGAGUGGAAGAGUUAUGUCCAAAUCAAUGCUUAUGGAAUGGAUGGUCUUAUGGGUCCAAACUAUAUUGGCACGGGUUCGUUUUUCCAACGAAGAGCAUUAUUUGGAGAUCCAUUGUCAAUUCUUCUCCCGGAGAUUCCUGAACUAAGCCCAGAUUAUCAUGUUUGCAAGCCUAUACAUGACAAUGAGAUUUUAGCACUAGCAGACCAUGUGGCAGGUUGCAGGUACGAGGACCAGACCAGAUGGGGAUACGAGAUUGGCUUUAACUAUGGAUCUCUGGUUGAGGACUUCUACACAGGCUAUCGGCUGCAUUGCAAGGGCUGGAAAUCCAUCUUAUGCUACCCUAAACGACCUGCGUUUCUUGGGAGCUCUCCUAUAGCCCUCAACGAUAUGCUUUGUCAAAGUAAACGAUGGUUCAUGGGCUACUUCGAAAUUAUAUGUUGCAAGUUUAGCCCCCUAACCUUCGGACUCAAAUCUUUAAACCUUCUUCAAGCCCUUUGUUAUAUUCACUACAUUUCAUGGCCUUUUUGGUCCAUACCAGUUCCAGUUUAUGCAUUUUUGCCUCAACUAGCACUCAUCAACUCCACGCCAAUCUUCCCAAAGGUAUCAGAUCCAUGGUUUUACUUGUAUGCAUUUCUGUUUGUUGGAGCAAUCAUGCAAGAAUUCAUAGACUACAUGACAACUGGAGGAACUAUUCCAAAAUGGUGGAAUUAUCAGAAAAGCUGGUUGAUAAGGGGACUUACAAGCUUUCCAUUUGCAAUGCUUGAAUACAUACUCGGAUGUUUUGGCUUCUCAGCAACCGGGUUCAACGUGACAAGUAAGGUGGUUGAUGAUGAACAGACUAGCCGAUAUGACAAAGGAUAUUUCGUGUUUGGCGUUUCAUCACCAAUGUUCUUGACAAUUACCAUGGCAGCCAUAAUCAACUUAGUUGCGUUUUCAAGUGGAAUAGAACAAGCCAUAUUUGGGAAAGAAAGGUUUGAAAAUGUAUGUUUACAGAUCUGUUUGACAGGUUAUGUGGUUGUACAUAGCUGGCCACUAUAUGAAGCCAUAAUCUUGCGGACUGAUAAAGGAAAGAUGCCCUUGAAGAUUACCUUGGCAUCAGUAGCUCUUGUUUUGGUGCUUUGUAUAGUAUUUCCUUUACUAUUUUAGGCCUUGCUAAGAUGUUAGUUUUUGAUUCCAGCUGAUGCCACUGAGUAAAGGCAGAUAAAUUCUUCUUCAGAAAACUGUUCUCUGCCUACUUAUUUCUGGUAAAUAUAACAUAGAUGUAAAGGAAUAUCAGGCAAACAA